AUGCUGGAAUUGGCCAAGGCUAAAGGAUUUUACCAGAAUUAUUUCUGCAACUUUAUCGAAGAAACCCAGGGAAUAAUAGAAGAUGAGACGUUCGACAUAGCCUGCUCUCUUGGUGGCAUCAGACCCGGACAUUUGGAAUCGGCUGCUGCGGGGCAAAUGUUCCGAGUCACCAAGCCAGGAGGCCUGAUAUGUAUUUCUGGUGUCAAAGAACGAUGGGACGGCGACCCAGAUUACCACCAGCGCAUGCGCAGUGUGAUAGCGGAAGUAGAAGCGUUAAAUAAGACUCUACCAUGGGAAGCUGUCCAGACGGAGGCGGCCAAGGUUUACAAAGAAACGGGCAAGUCACCGAGAUGGGAAGCUGUACAGACGGAGGCGGCCAAGGGUUACCAAGAAACGGGCGAGUCACCGAGGGUAAACCACGGGGUCAGCAGAGAUACAGAGAAAUACUGCUGGGUCCAGUAG